AUGAACGGGACUUUGACGAGGCAGAAGCUCAAGCGCAAGCGUGCCUCAAAGAAGCACCCUCCGGGAUUGGGUACAUCACCCGGGUCUGUGACACUACUUUCCGGACUCUCCCCCGACUCGUGUUCUCCGUCCAAUGCGGCGUCUUCGGUUCCGGACAGCGCACAGCCAAGCAAGGAGUCCAGGAGAGAUCAGUAUGACAAGCGCAAUCGAUCGACGUCAACUGGGCAUGCAAGCAGGACACUUGGCAUUCAAGCCACUGUCGGCCGGUUGGUGCCGUCUCGCAAGACGGCCUCCAUUUCCGUCUGCAUCGCGUUGACGCUCGCUGCUCUCAUCACGUCGAGUGUGCUUUUCGAGUGGCUGGUGGCCAAGACCUGGAAAGCCCGCAUCACCUGCGAGUCGGACGGCUGCAAGCUCCUCAACGCCAUGUUGGUCGAAGCGCGCAAAAAGAGCGUCUCGCCCUGCGAAAACUUCUACCGCCACGUGUGCGGCCACUGGCCGCUCAAGCACUCCGGGAUGUCGGUGUACCAGUGGCACGUCAGCGCCUUCCUGCACCGGCUCGGCCAGUUCCUCACACAGACAGUGGUGGGUGACCAGGCGGACCCGACUGAGAAGAUGGCGCGCUUCUACCAGACCUGCGUUACCGUCUUGGUGGACGGGCGGGACCAGAUCGCCGAAUUCCGGCGCGCCUUCCAUGCCACGGGCAUAAACUGGCCGCUCAUUGGUCCCCCCGAUGUGGACGAGGCCCCCACCGACGCCUUCGUGGUGGCUGCGAAAGUCUUCGCCUCCUUCUUCCUCAGCUCGCUGCUCGAGAUCCGAAGACAGCUGACCUUUACCGGCGAGGUAAACAUCAUCAUCAAGCCUGACAAGGGCCUCGGGGUCUGGCUACGGAACCGUGCCCUGCUGUUGAAGGACGGAGUCGCAUCCAGCGCUUACCGAGACUUCUAUGAGCAGGCGCUUUCCGUUUACCACGACGGGUCAAGCGGUGCGGUAGCGUUUUCCGACUUCCUCGACAUUGAGAACAGCGUCCUCGCCCAGCUCCAGAUCGAGGACCGCUACGCCAGCCAAGUCGUUCUGCAAAGCGUGAAUGAGCUUUCCCGAAUCAUGCACGAGGACAGCGCUUCGGGACUUCUAGAGUUCUUCAGUGACGUGUACGAGCUUCCCGAUACUGCGAAAGUGAGGGUGGAAGGAACGGAAUACGUGAGCCGCUUCGUGGUCCUCGUCGACGAACUCGGCAAGGACAAGGUGGUCUUCUACCUCGGCUGGGUCAUCAUGCAGGGCCUGUGGCGAGCGAUGGAUCGCCGAACGAACGUGCAGUGGUACCAUUACUUCGGCUCCAGGGUCACCGCGGACAUCAUGCGGCCCCAGGAGAUCGACUGCCUCGAGCUGACCGAGCGCUUGCUCGGCUGGUCGCUCUUCUACCGCUUCACUCAAGUCACGAGCAGCGAGAAGACGACGGCCAUCGUGACUGACGUGGCCGAGAAUUUGGGGCAGAUGUUCAGCGACUAUCUAGCGACCAACCAGUGGAUCGGCGAGGUCAACGUCACCGAGAAGACUUUUGCGGACUUGCUCUACCACAGCCAACGCUUUAACGACGUCACGCUGGCAGCGCGGCUGGCCAACCUGACCGAUAUGACCGACUCGCUGCCGGCCAACUGGCUCGCGGCGGUCAAGAUGAGGCGCUCGAUGCCCGACGACGCCUGGAGCGACAUGUCCACUUACUACGUCUGGCGGCUGCGAACUGCGACCAAUUACUCGGUGUACGACCGCGAGCGGCUCAAGCUGCGUCCGCCGCCGAUAUACGGCUUCCCGCCCCUCCUGGGCGAGGAGUCUACCGAGGCGGCAAACUACGGUGGGCUCGGCAGUCUGAUCGGAGCGGCCGCCCUCCAUCUGAUCGUCGACCUGCCAGCCGAUUCCUGGCCCAUCCUUCAUAGCGGGUGCGUUCCACGUGGCCAUGUCUAAGGCUCAUCAUCAUCAUCAUCGUAACAGUGCCCGUGUCGCCCGGUGUGUCGCCGCAUUGAGGAAGCCUCCCAGCGGAGGGGGUCGUUCCCGAGCAGCCAUGUACA